ACGUAACAGUCCGGAUAAGAAGGCUCUGUACCCCUUCCGUGUAAUAGUACUACCGGGGUGUUUACGUACGCGGCCCUCCCGUGAGUUCUCCCUGAUAUCGCCAAACGGCAGGUGCUCCAAAACCGCCACAAGAUUCACUGUUAUUGGUUAUUCGUCUUCAGUGAGAAUUUUUUUCGGUAUUUCUGAAUGAACUAACCGGUGACACGGUACAUAUUUUUGCACAUUUGAUUUUCAUUUGAUUUUUUUACGGGAAUUUGCCAUCAAUCAACAAUGAGUUGUCUCCCCUGGAUGUUUGUUGUUCUGUCUGUUUUCAAAGUCACACAAUCUCAGUUACCAAAUAUGGAUUAUUGCCCACCGGAAGACCCUAAUUGUCACCCCUGGUGUAUUGAAUACGUCGACAAAUGCCGAUUGUGUCGAUGUAAAAACGACAAACACAGUUCAGGGGGCGGUGGUUUUAAUCUGGGCGGAUCUAACACGGACGGCAGCGGUUUUGGUGGUGGUGGGAGCACGGAUGGGGACUCCUGGUCGUCCCUUGAAAAUAAAUGGGGAUCCAGUGGGGGAGACGUAGGAGGCGCCAAGGGAAAUGGGGGCAAAACAAAUAUAAUUAUCAUAGAAAAGGAGAAGGAACCCCGACCUGGAAUGAUGUCAUUUCCGGGAUCGUCUUUCGCGGGGAAAUCCCCAUUUCAGAUGAGUGCUGGUCCAAGGCCAAGCAUGAUGAUGUUUCCUCCGAGAAGAAAUUCUAUUCCGCCUGGUUGUAAAACAAAAAACGUGCCCCUAGUGAGCCCAGGGGUUCCGAGAUAUUGCGUCACAGGGUUCAUCGUGGAUUGUCCCCAUGACUGUGUGGUCACGGACGAGUUCGGCUGUAAAUCAUGUCCAUGUGCCCCAGCAACAAAAGCGUGGAUGCCUGUGUGUGAAAAUGCCCCUGAGGUAAGACCACAGUCCACGUCCCAUAACAGCUGUAUAGGGACCAAACUGUGUAUCAUGUCAUGUGACGGGGAGGCCAAAAUAGGGGAAACCGGGUCCGACGGAUGUCAACGGUGCACGUGUAUCAAAAAAGAGAAGAAUCCUGUUCCCCUGACCGUUACAACGACCCCCAAACCGACGACGAAGUCCGUCUCGGAGUGUACGAAGCUGAUAGCGUGCAUGAUCAGGUGUAAGGACACGGGCUUCGACAUAGGGGACACACAGAAAGAUGGAUGUCCAAGUUGUCAAUGUAAGAAGAAAUCUGCAAAUAACAGCAAUAAUAACAGCGAUAACAACAACAAUAACGGCAAAAACAAUAACUUCGGAACUGGGGGCGGAAUGCAAACCUGGUCCGUUGGAAGUGGUGGCAGUGGAACGAACACAGGAAGCGGAAGUAGUAUUAUUAGCAAUGUUGGCGGACACGGUACUGGUGCCGGUGGCGGAUCAAAGUGCGAGUUUCCCUUGUGUAUGAAUGGCGGGUCCGGAGGGGGUAAUCCACUGAUGUCUUCUUCUGGAUCAAGUGGGAGUUCCAGUGGUGGGUGUGCAGGCCCAUUCUGUGCCAGUAUGACAGGGGGAGGUGGAUCCGGCGGGAUGAUGGCGGGAGGGGGCGGUGGUGGCAUGAUGAUGGGCGGGGGUGGUGGCGCAGGGUCAGGCGGGGGCGGGCCGUUCAAGGCGUCACUGAGUUCUGCGGCCUCCGCCAGUGGGGGCAUGGGCAGUGCGAUGAAGUCUCCAUUCAUGGCGGCAGCAGGGGCCUCUACCGGAGGCGGCGCAGACGGUAAUCCAAUGCAUGGUCCGAUGUUAUCUAUGGGAGGAACAGACUCGGGUUCUCCAAAGCAUCCAGAAGUGGAAAAAGUGGCUUACAAUACAGAGUGUUUCGGACCUUCGUGUUCUGCGAAAAAUGGAAAAAUGCACGGACUGAUCGGAAGUUGUAUGGACAUGGAGAGGUGUAUCGCUAACUGUGGGGGGAGCUUUGAGAUCGGUCCGUUGGGGUCAGACGGUUGUCAAUCAUGCACGUGUAAUCCAGAGUGACGCCUACACUGACGCUGAAACAGUUCCAAAGAUACAUCAUUCAUUCAUACAUUUAUUCAUUGACGUUUUAUUAUUGCUGUCUUUUUUCCUGAAAUUUACAGAGAGAUGAAAAGAUUUCCAUAGUUUUACACGUGCAGUGAUGUCAUAUAUCACUGAAUAAAAAAGUUGAA